AUGUUCUCCAAGCGCGUUCUCUCUUACUUUCUUCUCCUCGUCACCUUGGCGAUGUUCACCUACGCUACGCCCGUUCCGGAGACGUCCAUUGUCAAAAGAGACGAUGAUAAAGUCCAGAAUGCGGUGAACAUUUGCGCUAACGCACUCAACUCCAUCGAUAUCACUGCCUCUCCUAGCCAAGUCGUCCAACAACUCACUACUCAAGUUCAGCCGUGCAUUACCGCCUUGGAGCAAAUUGACCCCUCGGACCUUACGGGCGAAAGUCCCUCCGAUCUCGUCUCAGCGCUGACCACUCUUCUCACCGCGCUCCUCAACUUGGUCACCAAGUCACUUCCUAACUUGCUCGUCAACUCUCAAUUCGCCUCGACCAUCAAGUCGACCGUCCAAACUCUUAUCAGCACUGUCACACAAGUCUCCGUUCCAGCUGUCAUCGCGCUUCUUCUGCAAAACCCUGCCAUCACGAGCCUUCUUACACUCCUCCACAUGACGGAUCCCUGA